AUGUUCGCCUCUACUGGGCGAUGGCUAUUGUUUGCGCAUGUCUUCGCGUUGGGUGCCGUUGCGCAUCGGGACUGGUGGCUGCAAGGUCUGCCUAAGUGCUGGCAGGACUGCUUAGGCAACACAGAAGCGGGUUGCGGCUAUAGGAAAUGUAUAUGUCAGACAAGCGAAAGCAGCGCCUCUUACCUCCCCAGCGCCGUCGCGUGCGCCGUCACCAACUGCGAUGCGGACGACUGGGCUCUCGAACUCGUCCUCGGCCCGCUAGAACUGUAUUGCGAUGCAAUAGGCUGUACGAUACCGGCAGAGGUGGUGGAUGAUGCAUACGACGCCGUCUCGAGUAGCUACGUGCCGCCAUCGACCACGCGUGCCCCUCCUACGACGACCGCCGCUGCACCGAAGCCGACCACCACCACCAGCGAAAGCGACGACGAUGAUAGCGAUGGCUUCACAAGCCCAGUUAGCACAACUAUAACCCGGACGACCACCGAUGGCGACGGCAACACAUUGCAGAUAGUCGUACCCAUAGUAGUGAACCCAACCGGCAUCAGUACAGGCAGCAUCGUCACGUCUACCGUUGCUGGCGCGUCGCCAACGUCUGCGGUGUCAUUGCGCAGCGAAACUGCCCAGCCUUCCGCUCCGGCGCCGACAGCGGGAGCCUCAUCGACCGCAUCUCCACCUCCAUCGGCGACGGGGUCGGAGUCGGAUGAGCCAGAUCCUCCGGCCAACGGCGAUGGAAGCCCUUUCGUGAACAUGCAAGCGGGUGCAGAAAGAUGGGCGGUGUCGAUACCACUUAUGGCAAUGGGUGCUUUCGCCGUGUUGUGGAUACGCUUAUAG